CCAAUCAACUGAAUGUUCCAGAGGGUCACGGAUUGUUUUUAUAACAUCGUCUCUAAAACUCAUUGAGCCAUUCACACGGUUUGUCUGAGCCGAAAACAACCCAUUUCAUAACAUCACCUCUGACCACAAAAACACUUGAUACGUGAAUGGCGUCUCAAAGUACUUACAGUCACAAAAAAACUCCACAUAAGGACUGUAGCGUGACUCUUAGGAUGUGAGCCGCGGAGCCGCAAGCCAGCACAGACGGAGUGAGGUUUACGAGUUGCGUUAGCGCCCAAAUGAGCAGUGAAUAAUUGUAAGAUGUUACGAUGUAGGGGGUGUGAUUGUUUAACACCAUAAGACCGUGUUUGAAGCGCCAGGAAGGUGUAUUCGUAUAGAAGAAGGCGCUGGUUUGCUCGUCAGCUUGGAGUAGACAGAUCGAGGUCAUGCAUCAGAUAGUGACGGUAUUUUUAGCGGUUGUUUUUUCCCGCAGAAUUCACGCUAGUGAUGACCACCUUUGUACGAUAAACCACACAGCAAUUUCCAUUUUUGCUCGAUAUACGAACCUCGCCUUCGACGAGAUACGAGAGCCCGCGUUCCCUAGUGGCCAUCGCCCUACCGACUGCGCAUGGCAAAUAACGGCUCCCGCUGGUCAUCGCAUCAAAUUCGUCAUUGAUGAGCUUCACCUCAACCACGAAAAAGACCGCCUGACUAUCUACGAUGGUGUAUCGGACACCAGUGCCAUACUCGUGGAUUACGGACCGUGCGCCAAGGGCCGCUUGGUGUUAUACUCGAGUGGUAGUGGAGUGCUUAUCUCACUGGUAUCCAAUAGCAACGCAGCUAAUGGACGGUUGAAGAUACUGUUCAAGUCUCUACCUCCUGACACUAUAACAUGCACAAGUGAUCCUGUGUUGGAGUCGAAAGACUACUGCAACUCGUAUUACAAGCCCAUCAAUAAGUCAUCGGGGCACCUAACGAGCCCAGAAUUCCCCCAGCCCUCCCCGAACAGGCGCUGCAGGUGGCUUCUCACCUCGCCGCCUGGGUACCGAGUUCAAGUCAUCUUUCGGUGGAUCGGCAUGGACUGCCUUGACCCUCUCGAGGUCAGCGACACUAAUAGCGGAACGAUAUCGAAGUAUUGUGGAUGCUCCGAACUCUCAUCGAUCGUUUCAAGCUCCUUGUCACUGUGGAUUCGGUUCCAGUCCCUCACGCCACGGCAGCCAGGGUUUUGGAUAACAUACAGGAGCAUUUGUGAGUGUAUUUAGUAUAUUUUUGUCUGAUAAACCUUGCCCUUUCCAGGGAUGUAUUUUUGUUUUUAUCAGUCAUAUAUGUUUCUAAUAAUCCACAUUUUGUGCCCUUUUAACCAGACCCCUUAGAACCUGUUACUUCUUAGCUGACAGCUUUUUGUAGCCGACAAACUAAAAGCUGCUAGCAAACGAAAAGCUGACACCUUUAUCAUUAUGUAUUUCGCUGCACUGUGCGGACUCAAAGAAACCCUCGAGUUUUACUCGUUUACUGUUACGGCGGAUGGCUACGAGGAGCGAAGCGAUGAGCCUCUAGCCGCACGGCGAGUUGAUUGGCUGGUUGGUUAUAAUUCUCCGAUGGCGCUUUGUGAUUUGUCACUGAUAACACGUGAUCUUGUAACUCGCAAAACCGGACGUUUUUCACAACAAAUAUGGUGGCGACGAGCAUUUCUGAAAGGAAAUCUAUAGAAAACUCUAUUUCAGAAACCCUCUAAUUUCAAUUUUUUU